UAUAUCGACAGCGCAGCCAGCCACCAUGCAAGACGGACGGACGGUCGUGAGCAGAGCGCUGGCGAAACAACAACAAAUGCGCUAUGACACACACGACAGACACAGAUAAAAAUGAAAACGACGAACGUCGACGGCAACGACGAUUGACGGUCGACUGUCGACACGACGGUGAACCAAGUGAAAUAAAUCGCUAAAUUCCUGCGGCAGAAAUAAAGCUUGUCAAAAAUUCAUAGCAAAUUUUUAUUUUGGUUAUAAUUUACAACGAACAAAAAUGGUUUUCAAUAUUUUAUUCAAGGAUCGUGUAACGAAACCGCAAAAGAAGAUGCUCAUUACACUCCUGCGUGAAACCAAAUAUAUGGAGGGGAAAAAGGAGAAGGAAUGGUAUUGGGAGAAGAUACAGGCGGCGCUAAAUACAAUCGGACCAAAGAAGACCAUAAUACAGUGGAAGAAGUGCUGGCGGGAUAUGCGUUUGACUACGCGUAAGAAACUUGCCGAGCUGAAACGUUGCCAAUUGGCAGGAGGUUCCCCGCCUCCGGGAAUUGAGCUAAACCAAGAGGAUAACGACAUUAUCGAUAUUGUUGGCACCGAAUAUUUCUAUGAGGAAAUGAAUGGCGAAUUAAAACCGGAGAACUUCAUGUCUGGCUUCGAUUAUGUACCCGAACAUUUUUGUGAUGCAAUCCUAACAGCUGCCGCUGUAUCCAACGUUCAGCAACAGCACAUGCAGCAUCAAAAGGAUCAGCAACAUGCGGCACUACAACAGCAACAACAACAACAACAACAACAACAACAGCAAGAUCAUACGAAUAAUGAUGGCGAAACAAAUGAUGCACCCGGUUCGUCUAAUCACACCGACACGCAUGGCGGCUUAUAUCAGACUCCCGGCGGUAGUAUGCAAUCACAUAACGGUGACCAUGUCUCGGGUAGUAGCUCGUCACAGCAACACAAUUCCAUGCCACAUCUGCAGACGUUUCACGGUGGCUUGCAUUCGCAUUUGCUGCGUCGCCAGCAGCAUGCUGCUUUCGCUCUACGAGGAGAUUAAGCGUGUGCCCGAAGAGAUUCGCCUUGAUGUAAAGGCCGA